AUGUUAAACAAUGGUUGGUAGUUGUUUAACAUGUGUUGCAAUUUGGAUCACAAGUAGAUUAGCAUUAAUUAUUAGAUGGAUUCAAAUAUUCUCCAGGAUUGCAAGUAAGGCAAUGAGCUGUAGUAGUUUAACAGGUUAAACAAUUUGGGUCACAACUUGCUGAACAUGAAUUAUUUGAUAAUUAUAAAUAUUUUCCAGCUUAACAAGUUAGACAAUAAGUAGUAGUGUCUUAACAAGUAUCACAAGUGGCAUCACAAGUCGAUUGACAUACUUUUGUAGACGAAUUCAAAUAAUUUCCAACAGCACAAGAUUCGCAAUUGGUUGUUGUUCCUGAACAAGUAGCACAAUUAGCAUCACAAGUUGAAUCACAAUAAUUUGUUAAUAAAUUUUAAUAUUUUCCGGAAGCACAAGUUAAACAAUAAUUUGUUAAAUUUUGGCAUGUCGCACAAUUUGCAUCACAAUUUGAUUCACAGUAUUAAGUUGAAGGAUUUUCGUAUAAACCAGGACUACAUGUUAAGCAAUGAGUCGUUGUUGUUUAGCAGGUUGCGCAGUUUGAAUCGCACGUAGCUUAACAUUAAUGGCUUGAUGGAUUUAAAUACAUUCCUGAGUCGCAUGUCAAACAAUGAGUUGUCGUAUCUUGACAGGUAGCACAAUUUGCAUCACAAGUAGAUUCGCAUUGAUUAUUCGAUAAAUUUAAAUACAUUAAGUCAUAACAGGUAAGGCAAUUAACAGCAGUUGUUUCGCAGGUUUUACAAUUUGAAUCACAUACGAUAUAACAAACUGUACCAGAUCCCCUUAAUUCCCAGCCACUCUGACAUGAGAGGCAUUCAGUGGUUAAAGUCUAACAUGUAGCACAAUUUGAAUCACAAGUAGAUUGACAUUAGUUAUUAGAUACAUUUAAAUAUUAUCCAACAUUACACAAUAAACAAUAUGUUGUUGUACCUGAACAAGUUAAGCAAUUGCUAUCGCAGGUUGAUUCGCAUAAAUUUGUGCUAGGAUUCAAAUACAUACCUGAAUUACAAGUUAAACAAUGAGUUGUAGUUGUUUGACACGUGGCACAAUUAGCAUCGCAAUUAGGCUGACAUAUAUUAGUUGCUUAAUCCAAAUACAUUCCACUUGUACAAGUUAAGCAAAAUGCUGAUGAAGUUUAGCAUGUCAAACAAUUUGAAUCACAAGUAGAUUAGCAUUGAUGAUUAGAUAAAUUUAAAUAUGAACCUACAUCACACGUUAAACAAUAUGUUGAUGCGUUUUAACAGGUUUAGCAAUUUGGAUCACAGGAAGAAGCACAUUAGUUAGUAGAUAAAUUUAAUUAUUCUCCUGAGUUACAUGUUUGACAAUGGGUUGUAGUAUCAACACAAGUAAGGCAAUUACUAUCACAAGAAGACUAACAUUAAUGAGUAACUUCAUUUAAGUACAUUCCAGAAUAACAUGUUAAACAAUUGGUUUAAGUUGUUUCACAAGUUUGACAAUUUGAAUCACAACCAAAAACACAUUAAUAAGUAGCAUUAUCCAAUACAAAAUUUGAGAAACAUUGGGUGCAAUGAGUAGUUGUAGUUUAACAUUAUUAGCAAUUUGAAUCACAGCUUGAUGAGCAUAAAUGAGUGGUUUCGCUUAAAUAGUAUCCUGUAUCGCAAGAUAAACAAUAUGUUGUUGUAUUUUAACAAGUCAAACAAUUACUAUCACAACUAGAUUAGCAUUAAUGAGUCGAUGUAUUUAAAUAAUAGCCUGCAUCACAUGAUAAACAAUAUAUUAUUGUAGUCUAGCAUGUCAAACAAUUGCUGUCGCAAGCUGAUUCACAUAAAUGAGUUGAUUCGUUUAAAUAAUUACCUGAAUUGCAAGAUAAGCAGUAAUUUGUGGUAUUUUAGCAAGUUUCACAAUUAAUAUCGCAACUUGAUGAACAUUAAUGAGUUGAUGAAUUUAAAUAAUUACCCGAAUCACAAGUUAAACAAUAUGUAGUUGUAUUUAAACAAGUUAAGCAAUUACUAUCGCAACUUGAUUAGCAUUAAUUAGUUGAUGAAUUUAAAUAGUUCCCAGAAUCACACGUUAAACACUACGUUGUUGUAGUUGAACAAGUCAAACAAUUACUAUCACAGGUUGAUUAGCAUUGAUUAGUUGAUAAAUUUAAGUAAUUUCCUGAGUCACAAGAUAAGCAAUUUGUUGGUGUAGUUUAGCAAGUUAAGCAAUUACUAUCACAAGUAAAAACACAUAAAUGAGUUGAUGAGUUUAACUAAUAUCCAGAAUCACAAGAUAAGCAAUAUGUGGUUGUAGUUUAGCAAGUCAAACAAUUACUAUCACAACUUGAUUAACAUUGAUGUGUGGACUCAUUUAAGUAAUUGCCAGAAUCACAAGUUAAGCAAUUUGUUGUAGUGUUUUAGCAAGUGGCACAAUUACUAUCGCAACUUGAUUAGCAUUAUUAAGUUGAUGAAUUCAAGUAAUUACCUGAAUCACAAGUUAAGCAGUAGGUAGUUGUAUUUUAGCAAGUGGCACAAUUACUAUCACAACUUGAUGAACAUUAAUGAGUUGAUGAAUUUAAAUAGUUACCUGAAUCACAAGUUAAACAGUAUGUAGUUGUAUUUUAACAAGUUGCACAAUUACUAUCACAACUUGAUUAACAUUAAUUAGUUGAUGAAUUUAAAUAGUUCCCAGAAUCACACGUUAAACACUACGUUGUUGUAGUUGAACAAGUCAAACAAUUACUAUCACAGGUUGAUUAGCAUUGAUUAGUUGAUAAAUUUAAGUAAUUUCCUGAGUCACAAGAUAAGCAAUAUGUAGUUGUAUUUUAACAAGUUAAGCAAUUACUAUCGCAACUUGAUUAGCAUUAAUUAGUUGAUGAAUUUAAAUAGUUCCCAGAAUCACAUGUUAAACACUACGUUGUUGUAGUUUAACAAGUCUAGCAAUUACUAUCACAUGUUGUCUAACAUUGAUGAGUUGAUAAAUUUAAGUAAUUUCCUGAGUCACAAGAUAAACAAUUUGUUGGUGUUGUCUAACAGGUCAAACAAUUACUAUCACAAGUCAAUUCACAUAAAUGAGUUGAUGAGUUUAACUAAUAUCCAGAAUCACAAGAUAAGCAAUAUGUGGUUGUAGUUUAGCAAGUCAAACAAUUACUAUCACAACUUGAUUAACAUUGAUGUGUGGACUCAUUUAAGUAAUUACCAGAAUCACAAGUUAAGCAAUUUGUUGUUGUGUUUUAACAAGUGGCACAAUUACUAUCACAACUUGCUGAGCAUUGAUUAGAUGAUGUAUCUAAGUAAUUACCUGAAUCACAAGUUAAACAGUAUGUAGUUGUAUUUUAACAAGUUGCGCAAUUACUAUCACAACUUGAUGAACAUUAAUGAGUUGAUGAAUUUAAAUAAUUACCAGAGUCACAAGAUAAACAAUAGGUUGUUGUAUUUUGACAAGUCAAACAAUUACUAUCACAACUUGAUGAGCAUUAAUGGUUUGCGACGUUUAAUAAAUAACCUGAAUCACAUGAUAAACAAAAUGUCGUCGUUGUCAAACAAGUCAAACAAUUGCUAUCACAACUAGAUGAGCAUUAAUGAGUCGAAGAAUUUAAAUACUUACCAGAGUCACAAGAUAAACAAUAUGCUGUUGUAUCUUAACAAGUGGCACAAUUACUAUCACAACUUGCUGAGCAUUGAUUAGAUGAUGUAUCUAAGUAAUUACCUGAAUCACAAGUUAAACAGUAUGUAGUUGUAUUUUAACAAGUUGCGCAAUUACUAUCACAAAUUGAUGAACAUUAAUGAGUUGAUGAAUUUAAAUAAUUACCAGAGUCACAUGAUAUGCAAUAAGUUGUUGUAUUUUGACAUGUCAAACAAUUGCUAUCGCAACUUGACUAGCAUUAGUGGGUUGUUAAAUCUAAAUAAUUGCUUGAAUCGCAAGUUAAACAGUAUGUAGUUGUAUUUUAACAAGUUGCGCAAUUACUAUCACAAAUUGAUGAACAUUAAUGAGUUGAUGAAUUUAAAUAAUUACCAGAGUCACAAGUUAAACAGUAGGUAGUUGUAUUUGAACAAGUUGCGCAAUUACUAUCACAACUAGAUGAACAUUAAUGAGUUGAUGAAUUUAAAUAAUUACCAGAGUCACAAGAUAAGCAAUAUGUUGUUGUAUUUUGGCAAGUCAAACAAUUACUAUCACAACUUGAUUCGCAUUAAUGAGUUGAUGAAUUUAAAUAAUUACCCGAAUCACAGGAUAAACAAUUCGUUGAUGUAGUCUAACAAGUUAGACAGUUACUAUCACAAAUUAAUGCACAUGAAUGAGUUGUUGAAUUCAAUUAAUAGCCAGAAUCACAUGAUAAACAAUAGAUUGUUGUGGUCUAACAAGUCAAGCAAUUGCUAUCACAACUUGAUUGGCAUUAAUGAUUUGACUCAUUUAAAUAGUACCCUGAAUCACAAGAGAUACAAUAUAUUGUUGUAUAUUAACAUGUCAAACAAUUGCUAUCGCAACUUGUUUAGCAUUAAUGAGUUGAUAAACUUAAAUAAUUGCCUGAGUCACAAGAUAAACACCAUGUCGUUGUAUUUUAGCAAGUUAAACAAUUAGUAUCGCAGCUUGAUUAGCAUUAAUUAGUUGAUGAGUUUAAGUAAUUUCCAGAAUCACAAGAUAAACAAUAAGUUGUUGUAUUUUAGCAAGUUGCGCAAUUGUUAUCGCAACUUGAUGAACAUUAAUGAGUUGAUGAAUUCAAAUAAUUACCUGAAUCACAAGAUAAACAAUAUGUUGUUGUCGUCUAACAAGUGGAGCAAUUGCUAUCACAACUUGAUUAGCAUUGGUUAGUAGACGAAUUUAAAUAUUUCCCAGAAUCACAAGAUAAACAAUAUGUAGUUGUAUUUUAACAAGUCAAGCAAUUGCUAUCGCAACUUGAUUCACAAUAAUGAGUGAAUGAGUUUAGGUAAUUACCUGUAUCACAAGAUAAACAAUACGUUGUUGUAUUUAAACAAGUGAAACAAUUACUAUCACAACUUGACUAGCAUUAAUUAGUUAAUGAAUUUAAAUAAUUUC